GGCGAGUGAGACGAGAAAGGCGCAGUGCGGUGGCAGCUGGCCGGCGCUGCUGACGACACACGCGAGAAGAGACGCUCUUCGCAGCAGCUGCCUUCCUCCUCUUGGACCUCGCUCGUUCGCGGCUGCAGUCUGUGGGAGACGCCGCACCGGACCACGCACGCCGCUCAGUCAGCAGCCUUUCGCCCCUCGUUUUCCAUCGCGGCGUCUUGAGAGGGAGUCUAUUUGAGUUUGUUGCCGCACAGGUGAACACUCGCACAAUUGCAUCAGUGGCCGGGGAAUGCGCGUGGCCGACUUUGAUGACGUGCUCGAGCACGUCGGCGGCUUCGGCCGCUACCAGAAGCGGCUGAUCGUGCUCGCGCUGCCCUUCAACCUGGUGCUCACCGCCGUCUACUUCGGACACAGCUUCGUUGCCCUCACACCAAGACAUUGGUGCGCCCUCCCUGAAUUGGAGGCAGAGCUCAACAUUUCUGACCCGAGCGACCUGCAUUAUGUGGGUGAGGAGGGUGGCUACCCAUCUUGGGCAGUGCCUUUUGACACUCUGGACGGCGGCAACACAAAGCCCAGCCAGUGCACCCAGUACAAAGUUAAUUUCACACAGGUCCUGCAGUCAGGCGGGUUUCCCAACAAUUCGUGGCCGACCGAGCCGUGUAGACAUGGCUGGAGGUAUGACCUGCACCACGACUACGCCACUAUCGUGUCUGAGCAAGACUGGGUUUGCGGCGAAAGCUGGAAGCCCAACCUGGCGCAGUCCAUCUUCUUUCUCGGCUCAGCGCUGGGCUCGGUGAUCCUCGGCUGGCUUGGAGACCACAAGGGCCGUCUUCCAGUGCUGGUGAUCAGCAAUGUGAUUGCUUUUGUGUCUGGCGUGGCCACCGCCUUCACCAACGGCUUCGUUAGCUUCCUCAUCGCCAGAUUCUGCAUCGGUCUCACAUACAACAACAGCUUCAUGAUGAUGUAUAUCAUUAUGUUGGAAUAUGUGAGUCCGGCUAAACGCUCAAUGGUGGCUAACCUACCUAUCGCGAUUUUCCUCACCUUCGGCCUGGUCGCCCUGCCAGGGCUGGCCUACCUGCUGUGGAGCUGGCGUCUCUUCAGCAUACUCUCCUCACUGCCCAUGUGCAUUGCUUUCCUGGCCCCCUGGUUGAUUCCAGAGUCAGGCAGAUGGCUGCUGGCUCAGGGCAGGGUGGCCGAGGCAGAGAAGAUCCUGCGCACCAUCGCCAGCGUCAACGGACGCCCCAUCGAGGAGAGGGUUUUCACUGAGUUCAGGGCGUACAGCAAGCAGUUCGCAGAGGCCAGCAGCAAGGAGCAGCGCAGCCACAACUUCAUCGAACUGUUCAGCACGCCGGUUCUCAGGCGAAGGGUCAUCCUGCUCACAUUUCUUUGGAUGUUGAUGACCGUGUGUUACGAUGGCCACGUGCGCAACUUGGGCAACCUAGAUUACAGCCUGUACGUGACUUUCGCCCUGACUGGACUGCUCGAGCUGCCCGCUGACCUGCUCACCAUCUUCACCCUGGACUACCUGGGCCGCAGGUGGACCAAUUUCCUAGCCAUGGGCCUAGGAGCGUUUUUUUCUCUCAUAGCAGCCGCCGUCCAAAGCUCACCGCUGGCGGUAGUAAUAUUGGCUGGCUGUGGCCGAUUUUGCAUCACGAUGGCCAUGAACACGGGUCUACAGUACUGUGUUGAACUGCUUCCCACUCAACUGCGCGGGCAGGGAGUUAAUUUCGUGCAUAUCGCUGGACACUUUAGCACCUUCGGUGGCCCAUUGAUCGCUUAUCUGGGUGAGUUCAGCGCCUUGCUGCCAUUUCUGCUGCUUGGGCUGCUGGGCUCGGUGGGUGGCGCGAUCAGCCUGAUGCUUCCUGAAACCGCUAAUGAAAAUCUUCCAGAAACAGCUGAAGAGUCAGAAAACUUUGGUGCCGACCAGCCCUUCUGUCUUAUGCCUUGUUGGGAAAAGAGGAAACUGGAACAGAAGCAAGAAUUGGAGGCAAGCAGAAGCCAGGCAGAGGGAAUGUCAAACAAGAGUUUCACGUCAGAGGAGAACAUAGGGGAACAGCAAGUUGAAAGAAGAGUUAGCAAUGGCGUGGUGAUUGACUAUCACAGCAGCAUAUAGACUUUUGCCCACUGAGAAGACUUGAUUUGAAAAAUAUUUCUUUUGUGAAGCAUACUCAUGCCAGAUCGCGUUUAGGAGCAUCUUUCAAAGCUUUUAAAAUUUCCAUUUGCAAUUAAAUCCUAUUAAAAACGAGUUGUGACAAUAAAACAAAUAAAACGUUUUGUAAAAACUUGAAAUA